AUGGCCUCUGCCGGCCCCUUUGUUCUCCCUGGCGACGAGAUCGAUGCCUCUUUGAUCCCGUCACAUCAGAAACUUCCCCUGCGACUCGGUCCCGGCCUUCGACAUGUCCCUCCCAGGCAGAUAGUGCCCACCAUCGCCGGCAAGCUGGUCUCCGACCGCAAGAAGAACUCGAUAUGGGUUGAGCAGACAAGCGGACGGUACAUUCCCGCCGUUGGCGACCUCGUCGUCGGCACCGUCCAGCGCACCGCUGCCGAACUCUACUACGUCCUCCUGGCCGAUUACUCAACGCCCGCGAUCCUGCCCCAACUCUCCUUCGAGAUGGCCACGAAAAAGACUCGCCCACAGCUGGCCUCCGGCGCCCUCGUCUACGCCCGCGUCACGCUCGCGAACAAGCACAUGGACCCCGAGCUCGAGUGCGUCUAUCAGUCCACCGGCAAGGCCGACGGCCUAGGCCCCCUUGUUGGCGGCAUGCUCUUCAACAUUUCCCUCGGCAUGGCGCGCCGCUUGCUCAUGCCCAAGACGAUGGAUCUCGUUGUAUUGGAGGAGCUGGGUGCCACAGGUGCGGCCUUCGAGACGGCCGUAGGCCGAAAUGGCAAGAUCUGGGUCAACAGCGAGAGCGUCAAGGUCAUCAUUGCUGUAGGAAGAGCUAUUCAGGAGACAGACGAACGAGGCCUCACAGUCGAGCAGCAGAAGAAGCUCGUAAGGUCCCUAAUCAAGGAUUUAAGUUAA